AUGGCUCCCCCCGGGGGUUUGCACGUGGGCAAGGCCCCAGGGGAGGGGGCAGCACAACCGGGCCACACAAGCCCAGGAAAGGGCUCGGGAGUUCCAAAAAGCAGCGCCACAAUCCUUCCCCCGGUCAAAGUGCGCCUCCCCAAGGCUUUUAGCCCGUCCGCAUUCGGACACGGGGGUGCCAAAAAGGUGCACCCAGAGCCGGGGGCGCAGAGCCCGACCGCCGGUCAGAAUGCCGUCACGUUUGAAAGCUCCCCGUCCCGGAAGACCAGUCACGAGGAGAAGAGCGCGCUUGUGCUUGGGGGCUUGCAGAAGCUGCCCUCGCUGAAGAUUGAGGGCAGCAACCGCGCGCGGUUGUUGAUCGAGGAACCGUCGCAGUCGCCGACAACAUUUGGGCCCCUGCCUCUGCCUGCGUCUCCUAUUUCAGCAGCCCCCCAAAUCAAAUUUGAAUCAGAGCCCAAGCUGGGGUAUGAUCCGCUCAACACGGGGAGCUUCCCGCCGCGGCCAGCAACGUGGCUGCUGUUUACCAAGGGUAAAAGCGGGCAAGAACAAUUGCAAACAGAGGCAAAAGCUGGGGAUGCUGAAAAUGGGGCAGCCCCAAAUGGAGCUCAUGCGCAGCUGGAGCUGUUUGACGAUCCGAGCCAGGACCUGGUGCACCCGGCUGUGUACAUCCGCCAGGCUCACGAGAGGGGCGAGGCGGGCGCUGUUGCCAAGUCGCGCUACUUUGACACGAGCGGCCAGCAGACCUGGGCAGCAUGCACAGUCAUCCAGUACCAGGCAGAGGAUGACAGUUACCUCAUUGAGUGGCAGAAGACGGGCAAGCGCAAGCAUGUCAAGAGGCAAGCGCCAAUCUUGUUGAACCUGCUAUUCGACUUCGAGGAUGAGAGUAUCUUCCGGAGGAGGAUGCAGGCAGCAGAGGAGGAGCGGGUACGACAAGAGGAAAUUGCGCGGUACUACGCGUUCAUUGCUGGGCAGCCGUUCGACAACCCGGACCGCCUGGACGAGGACUUCAAGCAGCGGCUGAUGUACCUGGCCGGGUGGCAGAUGUCGCACAAGCUCAUCUCCGUGGUCGACGACUACUAUGAAGCUGCGCGGGAGGACUACCAGUUUGCGGUGAAGCGUGCGAUCGUGGAAGAAGCCUUCUUUCACGGGCCGCCCAACAAGCGGCUCAAGCUGGAGGAGAUGGGGGUGCAGCCGGAAGAUAACGUCCGGCCAUUGCCAGCGCAAGGGUGCGUGAGCGUUCCGUACGGCCCAGAAGGUUUCGCGGCCGCGCUGGACAGCAUCCGCAAGACGCUGUGUAUUGGGGACGGGGGCUGCCUGGCGGCGCUGCAAAAGUACUUCACGGAAAUGGACGUCUCCAAUGUGCUCAUGAUCGACCCCAAACUUGCGCGCGUUGCGCGCCCCGCGCUGCUGCAGACGUACGCGGACGCGCAGACUGAGGAGAUGGACGACGCCGCGGACAAGCUCAAGCAAGAGUGGGUCCCCCGGGUGGUGAGCAUGGUGGAGGACCUGUGCCCGCAGGUGGGCGAGUCGCUCACCCCCGAGCGGAAGGAACUUUUGGUGCGAUUCGUGCGGCGACUGGCGCUCGUCAUGACCGCGCAGCUGCGCGCCGUCGUACAGCAGAGCCUCGAAGCCUUCGUCCAGAUCUGGGAGCAGUUUGCCGCGGCCGAACCCGCGGCCGCGUCCGAAGCGCACGCGCCCGCGUCGCCGCGAGGGGGCAGCCACACUGCGCGGCCGACGCAGGCGCGGGCACGCGCAUUGUGCGACCCAGUCUUCGAGGUGCAGUUGACGGUGGACCGGGACCGGUUCGAGUUUGUGCCGAAGCUGAGCGAGCUCGAAGGAACGAUCCUUCAAUUGUUUGACUCCAUCAUCGAGAAGGCCUCCAACGUGGAUGACGUCACGACGCGGCUGGCCGUCCUGUUCGACAUCUACGAGCCGAGCCCCAUGAAGACGCUCACCGCGGGCGAGCCCUUCGCGGCCGCGCGGCGCGCGCGCGUGCAGGAGGUUUUGCAGGAGAACAUGGUGGGGCCGCAGGAGCUCGCGGGCGCUUACGGGCGGUACCAGAGCCUGGUCAGCAUGGAUGCGGCCAAGUAUUUGGAGGAGUGGGCCGGGGAGAAGAAUUCUCUGGACAAGUACGAGGACGAGAUCACGCGGCAUAACAGGGUUGCGGAGGCGGUGCUGGAGGAGAGCGACAGCCACGUGCCGUUCCGCAUGGUGGUCGUCAACUGCACCCAGGUGCGCGCAUCGCUGCGCGAGAAGGCCCUGCAGCUCGCGCAGAUGCUCAUGGCGCAGGUGCUCAAGACCACCUCCGACCGCAACCGCUUCCUCUGCGAGCGCUUCGCGGAGAUCCAAACGGAACUGCAAAAGGACCUCAAGACCGCGGAAGACCUGGACGAGCUGCGCAAGUACCUGGCCGCCUCGCGUAAGGAGAUGGCCGCGCUCGAGAAGGACAUCGCGGAGAGCGCGGCCGCGUGGGAGCUGCUGGAGCGCCUCGAGUUCGAGGCGGGUGACGCGGCCGCGGACCUCCACUGGGCGACCGCCGCGUGGCCGCAGCGCAUGCAGGCCGCGCUCCAGGAGUGCGAGGCGCGGCUCGCGGGCGCGCGCACCGCGUUCACCAAGGAGCUCGCGCGCGACCAGCGCGCGCUGCUGGAGAACAUCGACGCGAUCGCAGCGGACGUGAAGCAGUUCAUCGUGCAAGGGGACCUUGAUCAGGUGGAGGAGCGCGUCGCGUACGUGCAAGACAUCGAGGCGAAGCUGGCGCAGUGCGCGGCCGCGGCGGACCUUUACAACGCGCGCGAGGCGAUCUUCGCGCUCCCCGCGAGCGAGUACCCGCAGCUCAAGGACAUCCAAAAGGAGUUCGAUCCGUACGCCACGCUCUGGCGCACCGCCGGCGAAUUCACGACUGCGCUGCCCGGCUGGAUGGACGGACCGUUCACGGACCUGGAUGCGGACGCGGUCACCGCGGACAUGGACAAGUGGAGCAGGGCGACCUCCAAGUCCCUGAAGCAGGUCUCCGGGGCCGCCGUAGACGUGGCGGGGCAGCUCAAGUCGCGUGUGGAAUCGUUCCAGGGCCAUCUGCCCAUGAUCGUGGCGCUGCGCAACCCGGGGAUGCGCGACCGCCACUGGGCCAAGCUCUCGGACGCCGUCGGCUUCCCCGUACGCGCGGACGCCAACUUCAGCGUCAGCCGCGCGCUCGCGCUCAAUCUCAACACCAAGCUGACUGCGCUCGAGGAGGUGAGCGAGUUCGCGAGCAAGGAGUACAGCCUGGAGCGCACGCUGGACAAGAUGCAGGGCGAGUGGGCGGGCGUCAAGUUCGACUACAUCAAGUGGCGGGAAACUGGGACGUGCAUACUGCGCGGAUUGGACGAGCUGCAAAUGCUAUUGGACGACCAGAUCGUGAAAACGCAGAGUAUGCGCGCGUCGCCGUAUAUUGGGCCGUUCGAGGACCGCGUGAAGCUGUGGGAGGCGAAGCUGAACACGAUGCAGGAGAUCGUGGACGAGUGGCUCAAGUGCCAGCAGGCCUGGCUCUACCUGGAGCCCAUCUUCGGCAGCGAGGACAUCAUGCAGCAAAUGCCGUCGGAGGGGCGCAAGUUCCGCGCGGUGGACACCACGUGGCGGCGCACGAUGGAGAAGGUGGCGAAAAAUCCGGAGGCCAUGGUGGUCGCGUCGGACGAGGAGCUGCUGAAGAACCUGCAGGAGGCCAACAAGCUGCUGGACCUCGUGCAAAAGGGACUGUCAGACUACCUCGAGACCAAGCGGCUCGCAUUCCCCAGGUUCUACUUCUUGUCCAACGACGAGCUGCUGGAGAUUCUGAGCGAGACCAAGGACCCGCUGCGCGUGCAGCCGUUCCUCAAAAAGAUCUUCGAGGGCAUCAACGGUCUGGAGUUCCAGGAGAACAUGGACGUCACCGCAAUGCUCUCCGACGGCGGCGAGAAGGUCGAAUUCGUGCGGACGUUCAACCCCAAGAGCGCUGGGGGGCAGGUGGAGAAGUGGCUGAUCGAGGUGGAGGCGGUGAUGCGCGAGAGCCUGCGCGCGGUCACGCGCCGCGCGUUCGACGCGUACGCCGUAACGGAGCGGUCGCAGUGGAUCUUCCAGUGGCCGGGCCAGGUCGUCAUCUGCGGCUCGCAGAUGUACUGGACAGCGGAGGUCGCGGCCGCCAUCCGCGCCCACACCGUGCGCGAGUACGAGGACCAGUGCACCGCCCAGCUGCAAGAGGUGGUAAAGAAAGUGCGCGGCAAGCUGAGCAAGGUGGACCGCCAGACCGUCGGCGCGCUGGUGGUGAUCGACGUGCACGCGCGCGACGUCGUCCGCAACCUGGCGGACGCGGGCGUGUCCGACGAGUCCGACUUUGAGUGGAUGAGCCAGCUGCGGUACGGAUACGAAGAUGGCGCAAUCAUGGUCCGCAUGAUCAAUGCGGCGCUUGCGUAUGCGUUCGAGUACCUGGGCAACAGCAGCCGCCUCGUCAUCACACCGCUUACUGACAGGUGCUACCGCACCCUGAUGGGCGCCCUUCACCUGAACCUGGGCGGAGCGCCGGAGGGCCCCGCCGGAACCGGAAAAACGGAGACGACCAAGGAUCUGGCCAAGGCGAUUGCUAUGCAGUGCGUGGUGUUCAAUUGUAGUGACGGGCUGGAUUACCUGGCCAUGGGCAAGUUCUUCAAGGGACUCGCCAGUAGCGGCGCCUGGGCCUGCUUCGACGAGUUCAACCGGAUCGACCUCGAGGUGCUGAGUGUGAUCGCGCAGCAAAUCCUGACGAUCCAGCGCGCCAAGGCGGCGCACCUCAAGACGUUCGAGUUUGAGGGCACCAAGCUCUCCCUGCGUGACACGUGCAGCGUGUUCAUCACCAUGAACCCGGGCUACGCCGGACGGUCCGAGCUGCCGGACAACCUUAAGGCGCUAUUCCGGACGGUGGCCAUGAUGGUCCCCGACUACGCGCUAAUUUCGGAGAUCACGCUGUACUCGUUUGGCUAUCUGGAGGCCCGUGACCUUGCGCGCAAGCUGGUGGCCACGUACAAGCUGUGCAGCGAACAGCUGUCCAGCCAGAACCACUACGACUACGGUAUGCGCGCUGUGAUCAGCGUGCUGCGGGCGGCGGGCGCCGUGAAGCAGAAGUUCCCCGACGAGAAGGAGGGCAUCCUCAUGCUCAAGUCGCUCAAGGACGUGAACCUGCCCAAGUUCCUGGCCCAGGACAUCCCGCUGUUUGAGGGUAUUCUGUCCGACUUGUUCCCCGGGGUGGUCCUCCCCACCCCCGACUACAACCGGCUGCGCGAGGCGUGCAUCGCCAACUGCCACAAGCUAAAGCUGCAGCCGACGCCGGUGUUCCUGGAGAAGAUCUUCCAGCUCUACGAGAUGAUCCUCGUGCGCCACGGACUUAUGCUGGUGGGCCUGUCUUACGGCGCCAAGACGAGCGCGUACCGCGUGCUGGCGGGCGCGCUGACGGACAUGCACGAGUCGGGCGACAUGGAGAACCGCACGCGCUGCCACGUCAUCAACCCCAAGUCGGUGUACAUCGGGCAGCUGUACGGCCAGUUCGACGCGAUCAGCCACGAGUGGAAGGACGGCGUGCUGGCCAAGACCUUCCGAACCGCCGCCGUCGACACCAGCCCCGACCGCAAGUGGAUCCUCUUCGACGGGCCGGUCGACGCGGUGUGGAUCGAGAACAUGAACACGGUGCUGGACGACAACAAGAAGCUGUGCCUCAUGAGCGGCGAGAUCGUCCAGAUGACGUCAUCCAUGAACAUGAUCUUUGAAGUGGCAGACCUAGCGCAAGCCUCCCCCGCUACCGUCAGCCGUUGCGGCAUGGUUUACGUGGAGCCCAGUCAGAUCGGCUGGCGGCCGCUCAAACAGUCGUGGGCGGCCGGCGUGUGCCUGGCCAACAACGAAGCCGCGAUGGGAACCCUAGAGGCGCUCUUCGAGUGGCUGGUGGACCCCUGCCUCCGGUUUAUCCGGAAGGAGUGCCGCGAGCUGACCCCGACGUCGGACAUCAACCUCCCGCAGAGCCUGAUGCACAUGUUCGAUAGCUUAUUGGACGAGUUCCGGCAGGCGGAAAACCCGGAAAAGGGCGGAAAACCCGGGGAGAAAACAAAGGGGGGGGGCGACCACGGGGGAAACAAGGCCCUUCCGGCCCCGCAGGGAAAGGACCUCGACUCUUGGCUUCACAGCCUGUUUGUGUUUUCGCUAGUGUGGUCGGUAGGCGGUACGACGGACGUGGAAGGCCGGCAGAAGUUCGACAAAUUCGUGCGCCGGUUGCUCGCGCAGAACGACGAACUAGGUGUGGAUCUCGGUCCGGGGCUGGAGAUCAAGAAGCCGGCGUUCAAGUUGGCGGUGCCGUUCCCGGAGGAAGGCCUCGUGUAUGAUUACGUGUUUGACAAGAGGGAAGGCGCGUGGCGGGCCUGGCUCAAGACCAUCGACUUGACGCCGCCCUCCGUGGACUCUGCCUUCCAUGAGAUCAUCGUGCCCACGAUUGACACCGCGCGCUACUCGUACCUGCUGGAGCUGCUCGUCACGCACGGCCGCCACGUGUUGUUCGCCGGCAACACCGGGACCGGCAAAACCGUCUACGUCAAGCACAUGCUGACGUCAGGCCUCGACAAGAACGUGUACCAGAACAUCAUGUCGACAUUCAGCGCGCAGACCAACGCCAACCAGACGCAGGACAUCAUCGAUUCCAAGUUGGAUAAGCGGAGAAAGGGCGUGUAUGGGCCGCCAUUCGGGAUGAAGUGUGUCAUCUUUGUGGACGAUCUCAACAUGCCGGCGCUCGACAAGUACGGCAGCCAGCCGCCCAUCGAGCUGCUGCGCCAGUGGAUGGACCACGGCGGUUGGUAUGACCGGGAGGACAACUCGUUCAAGCAGCUGGCGGACAUUCAGUUUGUGGCUGCGAUGGGCCCCCCGGGGGGCGGGCGCAACCCGGUGACCGCCCGGUACCUGCGGCACUUCCACAUGGUGUCCAUCACCGACUUCGACGCGGGGAGCCUCUCCUCCAUCUUCAAAACCAUCUUCGACUGGUGGGUCCGCCGGGCGCGCCUUUCCGGCGACCUGGCCAGCCUGGGCCCCGCCAUCGUGGACGCCACGAUCGACAUCUACCAGGCCAACCAGCGCGAGCUGCUACCCACGCCCGCCAAGAGCCACUACACGUACAACAUGCGCGACCUCUCCAAAGUCUUCCAGGGCAUGGCCAUGGUCGAUUCCGGUCUGGACGACCGGAAGAGCCUGGCCCGGCUGUGGGCCCACGAGUGCUUGCGCGUGUUCCACGACCGGUUGGUGUCUACCGAGGACCGGGAGUGGUUUAUCAAGUACAUGAAGGGGCAGGUGGAGCAGCGGCUGAACCAGCGGUGCGAGCAGGUGUUUGUGGGGCCGGAGGGGGCGGGGUUGGGAGUUGACGACGCGGUGCGGCAGCUCACGUUCGGCGACUUUAUGGACCCGAACGCGGACCCGAAGAGGUACACGGAGGUGCAGGACGGCGCGCGGCUGCUCGCGGUAAUGGAGGAGUAUUUAACGGACUACAACACGCAGAGCAAGACGCCGAUGCCGCUGGUGCUGUUCCAGUACGCGGCGCAGCACGUGUGCCGCAUCAGCCGCGUCAUCCGGCAGCCCUUCGGCAACGCGCUCCUCGUCGGCGUCGGCGGCAGCGGCCGCCAGUCGCUCACCAAGCUCGCGGCCGCCAUGGCGGGCUGCAACCUCUAUCAGGUGGAGAUCAGCAAGAGCUACGGCAUGACCGAGUGGCACGAGGACCUGAAAGCCGUGCUCAAGCGCGCGGGGGGCGACAACCAGUCCACCGUCUUCGUUUUCAGCGACACGCAGCUCAAAGAAGAAGCCUUCUUGGAAGACAUCAACAACAUUCUGAACACGGGAGAAGUGCCCAACCUGUUUGCGAAGGACGAGCUGAUCAACAUGCAAGAGAUGGUGCGCUCGCGCGCGAAGAAAGCCGGCCGCGACGGCAGCGCGGGCGAGCUGUACCGGUUCUUCGUGGACGCGUGCCGCCAGAACCUGCACAUGGUCAUCUGCAUGAGCCCCGUCGGGGACGCCUUCCGCACGCGCCUGCGCAUGUUCCCGUCGCUGGUCAACUGCUGCACCAUUGACUGGUUCAGCGAGUGGCCCGAGUCCGCGCUGCAGUCCGUCGCUUCCAAGUUCCUAUCGACGGUCGAGAUGGACCGCCCCGAGACACGUGGCGCCGUGGUGGACAUGUGCAUGCUGUUCCACCAGAACGUGCGCAGCCUGGCCGCGCGCUUCCAGCGCGAGCUCCAGCGCAACGUGUACGUCACGCCGACGUCAUACCUGGAGCUGAUCACGACGUACCAGACGCUGCUCGCGAGCAAGCGGCAGGAGGUGCAGACCAAGCUGCGCCGAUACGAGGUGGGGCUGGAGAAGCUGCUGGGCGCGGAGGGCCAGGUGAGCGUGAUGAAGCAAGAGCUGGAAGCGCUUCAGCCCGUGCUGAUCCAGACUGCCAAAGAGACGGACGAGCUCCUGGUGGUCAUCGCGCGGGAGACCAAGGACGCGGAAGCGACGCGUUCCGUCGUGGAGGAGGAGGAGCGGAUCGCGAACGGAAAGGCGAGCGAGGCGAAGGCGAUCAAGGACGACUGCGAGCAGGAGCUGGCGGUCGCCAUGCCGCUCCUGGAGAGCGCGCUGUCCGCGCUGGACACGCUCACCAAGGGGGACGUCACUGAGGUGAAGGCGAUGAAGAACCCCCCCGCGGUGGUGAAGCUGGUGAUGGAGGCGUGCUGCAUCAUGAAGGGCGUGAAGCCGAAGCGCAUCCCGGACCCCAAGGAGCCCACCAAGCGCAUCGACGACUACUGGUCGCCCGCGCAGCAAAUGCUCGCCGACACCGCAUUCCUGCCCAGCCUCAAGGCGUACGACAAGGACAACAUCCCCGCGGAGGUCAUUGAGCGCAUCCGGCCGUACCUUGCCAUGCCCGAGUUUGACCUGGUGUCCAUCAAAAAGGCGUCCAACGCAGCCUACGGCCUCGCCGCCUGGAUCAAAGCCAUGGAGUCAUACGACCGGGUCGCAAAGGUGGUCGCCCCUAAGAAAGCGAAGCUGGCGCAAUCCACGGCCGAGUUCGAGGCGCUGAUGGCGGCGCUCAAGGUGAAGAAGGCGCAGCUGAAAGAGGUGGAGGACAAGUUGGCGGCGCUGAACGCGCAGCUGCAGGAGAUGGAGGCCAAGAAGCUGCAACUAGAGAAGGACGUCGACCUCUGCUCCAAGAAACUGUCGCGCGCGGAGAAGCUCAUCGGCGGCCUGGGCGGGGAGAAGAUCCGUUGGACCGCGGUCGCCGAGGAGCUGCGGAAGGACUACACAAACCUCACCGGGGACGUGCUGCUGUCGAGCGGCUACGUGGCAUAUUUGGGGCCGUUCACGGUCACGUACCGCGAUCAGAUGCUGGAGGAAUGGGCCAAGGCGUGCCGGUCUAAGAGCAUUCCGUGCAGCGACCACUUCAAGCUGGUCAACACGCUGGGAGACCCGGUUAGGAUACGGGACUGGAUCAUCAACGGGCUGCCUAACGACGGGUUUAGUAUCGACAACGGGAUUAUCAUGAGCGUCGCGCGGCGGUGGCCGCUGCUGAUCGACCCGCAGGGGCAGGCCAACAAGUGGAUCAAGGCGACCGAGAAGAAGAACAACCUCGAGGUGAUGAAGCUGAGCGACGGCGACUUCGUGCGGCGGCUGGAGAACUGCAUCCAGUUCGGGUACCCGGUUCUUCUUGAGAACGUGGGCGAGGAGCUAGACCCGACGCUGGAACCGCUGCUGCUGAAGGCUAUAUUCAAGUCGGGCGGCGCGGACUGCAUCCGAUUGGGCGACUCGACGAUCGAGUACUCCCACAACUUCCGCUUCUACAUGACCACCAAGCUGCGCAACCCGCACUACCUGCCCGAAGUCAGCGUGAAGGUAUGCCUGCUCAACUUCAUGAUCACGCCGGAAGGUUUGGAGGACCAAGUUCUCGGCAUGGCGGUCGCCAAAGAACGACCCGACCUGGAAGAGGAGAAGACGCAGCUGGUGUUGCAGUCCGCGGAGAACAAGCGGCAGCUGAAAGAGAUUGAGGACAAGAUCAUCGAAGUGCUGAGCAGCAGCGAGGGCAACAUCCUGGAAGACGAGACCGCAAUCGACGUCAUCAGCAGCAGCAAAACGCUGUCGGUGGACAUCGCUGAGAAACAGAAAAUCGCGGAGAAGACGGAGGUCAAGAUCGACGAGGCCCGCCGGGGGUACAUACCGGUCGCCCAACACGUGGCGUCACUGUUCUUCACGAUUUCCGACAUGGCAAGCAUCGAGCCCAUGUACCAGUACAGCCUAACCUGGUUCAUUAACCUCUUCCUAACCUGCGUGGCGGAGAGCGAGAAGAGCAGCGACCUGGGUCAGCGGAUCAAGAACCUGAACGACUACUUCACGUACGCGCUUUACUGUAACGUCUGCCGGAGUCUCUUUGAGAAAGACAAGCUCCUAUUUGGGUUGCUAUUAGCGGUGACCAUUCUUGGGCGCGCGGGGCAAGUCGACCGGACGGAAUUCCGCUUCCUCAUCACCAGCGGAGUGGGCGUCACACAGAAACUGGGCCCAAACCCUGCCACGUGGCUCUCGGAGAAGCAGUGGGUGGAGAUGGGCCGCCUGGGGGAGCUCCCUGCUUUCGCGGGCCUUGCUCAGUCGUUCGCGGAGAACCCGGGCGCUUGGGAGCCAAUUUACACCAGCACCGAGCCUCAGAACGAGGCCCUCCCUGGCGCGUGGGCGGCCGCGCUGUCGCCGUUCCAGCGGCUGCUGGUGCUGCGCAUAUUCCGGCCGGAUAAGCUGGUGGCGGCCAUUACGCUAUACGUCAUGAAGGCCAUGGGCCAGAAGUUCGUGGAGCCGCCGCCGUUCGAUCUGGCGCGCUCGUACGCCGACUCGAGCGCAGUUACACCGCUCAUCUUCGUCCUUUCCCCCGGGUCGGAUCCUAUGGCCGCUCUACUCAAGUUUGCCGAGUCUCUGAAGCAACCGGUUCAGAGCAUUUCCCUCGGGCAAGGGCAGGGCCCCAAGGCGGCCGCGAUGAUCGCCGACGCGGCCGCGUCCGGCGCGUGGGUUGUGCUCCAGAAUUGCCACCUGGCAGUCUCCUGGAUGGCCACAUUGGAACGGAUCUGCGAGGGGCUUAGCCCGGAUUCCGUUCAUCCGUCGUUCCGGCUUUGGUUGACCAGCUACCCCAGCGAGCAUUUCCCGGUUACGGUACUGCAGAGCGGGGUUAAGAUGACCAACGAGCCGCCCAAGGGGUUAAGAGCAAACAUGCUGAAGAGUUACAUGUCUGACCCAAUUUCGGACCCCAGCUUCUUCGGCGGGUGCGACGCGAGCGAGCGCGGACCCGCCUGGCGGAAGCUCCUCUUCGGCCUCUGCUUCUUCCACGCCUUCGUCCAGGAGCGGCUCAAGUUCGGCCCGCUGGGGUGGAACAUCCCAUACCAGUUCAGCGACCCGGACCUGAAGAUCAGCAUGCAGCAGCUGGCCAUGUUCCUCAACGAGUUCCCCGGCGCCGUCCCUUUCCCCGCGCUCGUCUACCUCACCGGCGAGUGCAACUACGGCGGCCGCGUGACCGACGCGCACGACCGGCGCACGCUGAUGAGCAUCCUGCGCAACAUCUACACGCCCAGGAUACUGGACAACGAGUACCUCUUCUCGCCCUCGGGCAUCUACUACGCGCCCCCCGACUGCAGCUACGGCGGUUACCUGGAGCACAUCAAGCAGUUCCCGCUCAUCUCGCUCCCCGAGGUCUUCGGCCUGCACGCCAACGGCGACAUCACCAAAGACCAGCAGGAAACCGACCAGCUGCUCGCGAGCAUUCUGCUGACGCAGAGCCGCGCGGCCGCGGCCGGCGGGCGCAGCAAGGAGGAAACCCUGCUGGAGGUCGCGGGCGACAUCCUCGCGCGGCUGCCGCCCGCGUUCGACCUGGAGCUGGCCGGAUUCCGCUUUCCGGUGUGCUACGAGGAGAGCAUGAACAGCGUGCUGUGCCAGGAGAUGGUGCGCUACAACCGCCUGACUGACGUCAUCCGGAGCAGCUUGCGCAGCCUGCAGAAGGGGCUCAAGGGGCUGGUGGUGAUGUCAGCCGAGAUGGAGCAGCUCGCGGCCGCGAUGUACGUGGGGCGCAUUCCGGCCGCGUGGGCGGCCAAGAGCUAUCCCUCGCUUAAACCCCUCUCGAGCUACGUGGACGAACUGCUGGAGCGGCUCGGGAUGCUGCAGAAGUGGAUGGACAACGGGCCGCCCGCCAAGUUCUGGAUCAGCGGCUUCUACUUCACGCACGCGUUCCUGACGGGCGUCCUCCAGAACUACGCGCGCAAGUACAAGAUCCCGAUCGACACCGUCGGGUUCGACUUCGAGUGCAUGCCGCCCGGGGAGUACGAUACGAAACCGGAGGACGGGGCAUAUGUGACCGGGAUGUAUUUAGAAGGCGCCCGGUGGGACAGCGAGAAAAUGCAGCUGGCGGAGUCGCUGCCCAAGGUGCUGUAUUCGCCCGCCCCGGUUAUGUGGCUGAAACCGGUAGAGCUGAGCAAGAGGAGGGAGUUCCCGCACUACUCGUGCCCGGUUUACAGAACGACAGAGAGGCGGGGCGUGCUCGCGACCACCGGCCACUCGUCGAACUUCGUGAUGGAGGUGAAGAUGCCCACUGACGUGGCGCCCGAUCAUUGGAUCAGGCGGGGAGUCGCGAUGCUGCUGUCGCUCAGUCAAUAA